AACCUCUUUUGGAUAGUCUUAAUUUGAUCGUUUGAAAGAUUUGUCGUCUGAGGUAUGCAGUCAAGCUCUGUGGACCAGAGCUGUAACGGUGCCUCUGGCGCCCCCUGUGACUCCAUCGUACAGGUGUCCUUCCCCAGUGUACAGGCCUCAGUGCUGGACAGCCUGAACCAGCAGCGGGAGGAGGGACAUCUGUGUGACCUCUCCAUCCACGUUCAGGGACAGGUGUUCAGGGCUCAUCGCUGCGUGCUGGCGGCUUCCUCUCCAUACUUCCAUGACCAGGUGCUCCUGAAGAACAUGUCCACCGUGUCCAUCCCAGCUGUGAUGGAUCCCCUGGCCUUUGAGAGUGUUCUUAGCUGUGCGUACACGGGCCAGCUGCGGAUGGUCCGUGAAGAUAUCGUGAACUACCUCACCGUGGGCAGCGUGCUUCAGAUGUGGCACAUUGUGGACAAGUGUACCGAACUCCUCAGAGAGGGCAGAGGGAUGGGGAGUGGGGCUCAGGGAGCAGGAGGCGUUCAGGGGAAUGUGGAACACAGCGGCAGCAGUAGUGGGAGAUCAGCUCCUGAAACAGGUAGCGGAGAUACACACGCAGCACCUCAACCUCCAAACCGUACCUCCCUCAGCGAGAGCCAGUCUCCCAGCAGCACUAAUUACUUCAGCCCCAGAGAUGCAAGUUUUGGAGGGGUCAUGGCAAGCACUGGAACAGGAGGGGAGGGGGGUGAACACUCCACCCCAAACUACUGCACCCCAUCGGGUGGAGAGGAGGCACUCCUCAUCGAAGAAGAGGAUGAGGAGGAGGAAGAGGAGCUUUUGUACCCCAGGAAGCAGGAGAGGGGGAGCGGUAGGAGGAAGAAGACAGCGUCCGUCUCCGACCAAGAGGUGGGGGUGAGCGACAGUUUUGGGGUGUCGUCCUAUCAAGACGGGGAUUCUUCUCCUCCACAGAAGCGUCCCACCUACAGUCAACCCAGCAUCAUGCCCCGGAAACAGUGGGUGGUCGUGAAGACCGAGCGUUCCCGGGACGACGAUCUAAUCGUGGUGUCCGGAGAGGAAGGCGGCGAAGAAGAGGAAGAGAGAGAGAUGGAGAUGGCAAGAGAGAGGGAAAAGGAGAGAACUUUUAACAUCUCUAAUGUCAGGACUCUGUCUGGGGAGCUCAGCAGCAGAGAGGAAGCUGAAAUGGAAGCACAGGUGGACUACUGCCAGUCCUCUGAAGAUUACCUCAAGUUUGACAGUGGUUUGAUGGAUCAGGCAUCUACGCAGCAACAGUUAAAUAACUCCAGCCAGAGCAGCAGCAGGGCUGUCUCUGCUUUACUUGGUCCGGUCCAGCCUGCUCCUGGCAGGGCCCAGCUCUUCCCUUUGGACAUGCAAGGGAACCAGAUCCUUCUUUACAGCCAAGCCACCCUGGACCCCUCCCCUCCCUUAGGGAUUGGAGGCGGUAUGUCUGGCAGUUUGAAAGGGUCCAAUCUGGAGCAUGGUGCAGUGCAUCUGUCAGGCCAGGGCGGGCUGGGCAGCGGAUUAGAAAGUCUGGAUGCAGUUGGGCCCGGCGGGUCCGGCAAGGUUUUCAUGUGUCACUGCGGCAAGACGUUCACCCACAAGAGCAUGCGGGACCGUCACAUCAACAUGCACCUGGAUCUGCGGCCGUUCCACUGCCCCGUCUGCGCCAAGAAGUUCAAGAUGAAGCACCACCUCACCGAGCACAUGAAGACUCACACGGGGCUGAAGCCCUACGACUGCCACGGCUGCGGCAAGAAGUUCAUGUGGCGUGACAGUUACAUGAGGCACCGCUCACACUGUGAGAGGCGCGGGAACGGAGGCGGCGAUGAGCGUGGAGCCUCAGAUGGGGCGGUCACGUCUCCCCCCCAUCACCUUCAGGCCCAACCAUCAAACAGCGAGGCCGGUCAAACCGGCAUGUGCGGUGGUGGUGGGAUAAUCGCCAACAGCAUUGGUGGCAGAAGCGGGAUCUCAGUAAUGUCCCCACAACAUUCCAGUGCUGGGGUCAGUGGUGUCCCCUGCCUGACCAUGACUGGCCCUGGGUCCCUGUUAGGGGUCAGUCCCCAGGGCGGGGUGCACGGAAUUGCGCCAAGCGUUUUCGGGUUGGGCAUCAGCCGAGGGGGAUGCGAGGAGGAGAUCUGUGAGGUUAGCGUUGGCGAAAGCAGCGUCACUUAA